ACAAAUCUCAAAUGCAACGUUGUCAAACCUUGCAAAAGCUUGCGAGGUCAGCUUCUAAACGUAUAUACCUCGGUAUAUACAUAUAGCAUUGAAUUUAUAACUAAUAGCAUAUCGGUGUUAAGUUUGUUAACAGUUUAUUUGAAAUGAUAUACCAUAUACCUACCUACACCUACACGUAUCACUUUGUGAAUGAACAUUGUUAUUUAUCUGGUUUUAAUAAACGUUGUGUGAGAGUUACCCAUGUGCGCAGAUAUACGUUCUUUACAUACGUAUAUCUGUGAGUUAAUCUGUGCCCAUGUGCGUUGAAUAUAAAAAUCUUAAAAUAUUCAAAGUCCAUGUGUUAGUAUUAGCCCACAAUAACGAAUUGAAUAAUGUACUCGUAUCUAUAAAUACACCUCCAUCAUCUGUAACAGUCUGUCUGUAUGAUUAGAUAUUAUCAACUCCAAUCAUAAGUUAUUUGCAUCACUGUAAUUGUUGCUAUUUAUAUCUAACCACUCGGUUUUGAAAUACAAUAUAGAAUGCCCUUAUCUGAUAACUUACUAAAUAGUUUGAGUAAUCUUUCACAAUUUGAUAAAUCGCGUUAAGUAUUUCAGUUCAGCAAUGAAAGUCACACUUCACUUACUAAUCCUAAUAACAUUGAUUACUUUUGCACAGUGCGCAAAAAUUCUUGGAAUUUUUCAUGGAUUCUCCAGUAGUCAUCAACAGCUCGGAAACAAGAUUUUACUUGAACUGGCGAGGAGAGGUCACCAAGUUACCGCAAUUGUGCAAAGAAAAUUUGCCCCAAACACGGCAAAUAAAAAUUACCAACCUAUAAUCAUUGAUUACGAUUCUUAUUUGAAGAACCAAUCGAUCAAUUUGUAUAAAAGUGCAGAAAAGGGACUCUUAGAUAAAAUAUGGAGCACAUCUGGGGGUGGACUAGGUUUGACAGAACUGUUUUUCAAUCAAAGUAGUGUCCAAAAUUUGCUCAAGUCGAAUCAAGAAUUUGAUAUGGUUAUCCUAGAGCAAUUCCUAAAUGAUGCAUUCAAAGGCUUCUGCAACUUUUACAAAGCGCAUUGCGUUGCGGUGAGUGUCGUUGGAUUAUCGAGAUCUACAAAUCUACAAAUGGGCAAUCCACUUAACCCUUCUUACGUACCUGAAGUACUUUCAAGUUAUUCGAGCGAAAUGAGCUUUUUCCAACGGCUUGUUAACACCUUCUCUGUCGUUUUCGGAGUUAUCAACUUCUAUUGGUCGAUUUUGCCGAAGCAUAAUGAAAUUUUGCAAAAGAACUUUCCAGGGUCGCCGCCCAUAACCGAAUUAUACUACAAAACAUCAUUAUUGCUCCUAAAUUCGCACGCGAGCAUCUGCUCACCAGUACCCCUUGUACCAAACAUGAUCGAGAUUGGAGGUUUCCAUCUUAAUUCACCACAGGAGUUACCCAGAGACUUGCAGAAUUACUUAGACGAAGCCGAGGAUGGCGUCAUUUACUUCAGCAUGGGGUCCAAUUUGCGUGGCAACGAUAUGGAUGAAAGCAAACGUAACGCUAUCGUGAAGGUAUUUUCCCAACUAAAACAGAGAGUGUUGUGGAAAUGGGAAAAUGACACGAUACCUGGGCAACCUGAUAAUGUUAAACUUGGCAAAUGGUUGCCUCAACAAGAUAUUUUAGGGCACCCUAACAUUAAACUUUUUGUAACACACGGCGGUCUGUUGAGUAUUAUUGAAACUAUUUAUCAUGGCGUACCAAUCGUUGGCAUUCCUAUUUUUGGAGACCAGGAGAUGAAUAUGGCAGUUGUUGAAGCAGAUGGGUACGGAAAACUCUUGCGAUUUAGUGCUUUAACCGAAGAAACUUUUCGAAAGGCACUCACCGAGGUUUUAAACAACGACAAGUACAAGGAGAACGCAAUUCGGAGAUCGAGAAUUAUGCACGACCAACCCAUGAAGCCAUUGGACAGAGCGAUGUUUUGGAUCGAGUAUGUUUUACGGCACGAGGGCGCACCGCAUUUACGUACGGGUGCUUUGAAUUUGAACUGGUUCCAAGUACUUUGCUUAGAUGUGCUCACUGUCAUAAUUUUAAUUGUCAUUGCAUUCAUAUUCAGUGCAUAUUGUAUCAUUACCGUUGUAUCGAGAGGAUAUCUUAAAAAGCAAAUCAAAAUCAAAAAGAGAUAAGAAGUCGAUAAAUAAAUUUAUACUCCUCAUGAA